AUGAAUAUGGAAGCCAAGACCGGCUCCCCGAUUCCUGCAGAGGACUUCAGUGGAGAUCGUGACUCUGCCGAUAUCACAGAACACGAACAAAUGGACGUAAAGCCCAAAACCAAUGGCGAUAGCAAGGCGGACCGCAAAGCAGCAAAUGCCAAGGAUCCCUCCCGACCGCGACGGAAGAAGGCCCGGCGAGCUUGCUUUGCAUGCCAACGAGCUCAUUUGACUUGCGGUGACGAAAGACCGUGUCAGCGUUGCAUUAAACGUGGUCUUCAAGAUGCUUGUCAUGAUGGUGUUCGUAAAAAGGCCAAGUAUCUCCAUGAUGCUCCAGAUGGGGCAUUGAUGCCAGCUGUUAGUAGUAGCAGCAGCACCAGUCUAUACAACAGCACGCUCCGCAAUAAUAUGCCUAUGUCUAGAAAUGGUGCAAAUUCCGUCAACUCCAGCCAGCAACACAACCAACAACACAGCCAUCAACACACUCCGCAUAACCAACAACAAACCAAUACCACGAAUAACAACUUUUAUCCUACGCCCCAGACGCAGGCAGGGUCCUACAAUCCCUACCAGGAAUCAUCCAUGAGCCAAAGCCCUUUCACCAACCAAUCACCCGUUUCACCUACUUUCAACAUGAAGACCAGCACCAACGGUCGAACUUCGAGUCUUUCUUCGACUGUAAACCAGCAGCCUACUCCAAGCACUGCUCUCUCUGGGGAUUCAAGUCAGUCCCAGAAUCCUUUUGCAGGGCCAUUUUUUGAUCCCAGUGAUCCAGCGCUCUUCAACUUUGAUCUAUCGAGCAUGAACUUCGAAAAUCGAUACGGGGCUCUCGAAUUUGGCAUGCUUGGGCAUAUGGCCACUGGGGCAGCCGGUGACUCCCCGACUGAUUCUGCAGGACAGCGAGGGUCGAUCGGCCGCAGUGGAUCAGCCCAAUUCUCUACACCAGCUCCUGGAUAUGGAGAAAGCCCGGGAACUCAACCUUUCAUGUUCGGUGAUCCUAUCCUAAAUGAUUGGUCGGCCUCGGGCCAGCAUGUGAAUGUCGGGGGUGUGUAUGGACAAAAUAGCAUGCUUUCCGAACACAUGAAACCCGAACACAUGAAAGCAAAUGCACCACAUGCAUUUGCGAUCGAAAGUGGGCCAGCAAGUUUCACUAGUCCUGGCUCAGCCCAAAGCCCGAGCAUUGCAACGGCUACAUUCGAAGACGGCCCAUUCAACAAUAUCGCUCCUGCUCCCAAGUCCAAGUCUAACAACCUGGUGCCGAAUGGCCAACGCCAGGUGUCAUCGGCAUCGAUUUUGAAGCACCCAAAUUUGCAGGUUGGCCCUAAACGGCGCCACCGCAACCCUUCCUCAAUAUACGAGAGUGUGAAGGAGCCAUACGCUUACACAAGUGGUUUCCACAAUCUUACUGCUUUCAUCCAGCGUCGCUUUACGCCGCAAAAGACCGUGCGAAUUGCCAAGGCUCUUGCGUCUAUUCGACCCUCUUUUAUUGCAACUACUAAGACCCUUAAUCGCGAUGACCUCAUAUUCAUGGAAAAAUGCUUCCAGCGAACGCUCUGGGAGUACGAGGACUUCAUCAAUGCAUGUGGAACGCCAACCAUUGUCUGCCGACGCACCGGCGAGAUCGCCGCCGUAGGCAAGGAGUUCAGCAUCCUAACCGGAUGGAAGAAAGACGUGCUUCUAGGAAAAGAGGCAAACCUCAACGUCAACACCGGUUCUUCAGGCGUACCCCAGUCUGGGACAACGUCGCGCGGUAGUUUCACACCGCGCGGCUCAACAUUAGAGAAUUCCAGCAGUGGACGCCCCCAGCCGGUAUUCUUGGCUGAACUCCUCGACGAUGACAGCGUCGUAGAGUUCUACGAGGACUUUGCGCGUCUGGCAUUUGGUGAUUCUCGUGGUAGUGUCAUGACUCGGUGCAAGCUGCUCAAAUACAAAACCAAGGAGGACAUGGAGAUUGCACAGUCCGAUGAUCACGGAAAGUGGAGCAAUCACCUCCGCAAGGGUGGCAUUGCUGGCGAGGCUGGCAUGAACCAGCUCGGUUUCAAGGACGGAAAAGUCGAUUGCGCGUACUGCUGGACAGUGAAACGCGAUGUGUUUGAUAUCCCAAUGCUCAUUGUGAUGAAUUUCUUGCCAUGCAUUUGA